UAUGGACUGUUGACGUCGGAUUCGUGUUCUGCCAGAGUCGAGUUCAGGAGAUAUUCUUAAAUUGUCUAUUGUAAUGUUUAAAUCGUACAAGUUAUACGUAAUGGUUAAUAGUGAUCGAUACUAAGAUUAAUAAAAGUUAUUACAUUCAAGUGUCUAAAAAUAUCCAUCGAUCUCGUUAUUACAUUGGUCAUUGGUUAGUAAAAAAAAAAAAAAAAAUUACAUUAUUCAAAAUAAUUUGUGUUUUAUUCGAUUAUUGGUUACGUUUCGGUAUAAAUCCGUUUUACCGUUAUACGGGGCACUUUUUUUUCAGUUAUUUUCACAAGCCGUUAAUUAUAAUAUUAUAAAGAAAAAUAAAAUAUUGCUUAUUGGUUUUCAAUUUCUUUUUUUUUUUUUUUUGUUUUUAUCGUAUUGAUUCAGAAAGUCCCUGAGAUUCGGGAUUUUACCAUAGAAAAUAAAAUCUCAACAUUUCGAAAACGGCACGUUCAUUUUCAAAAUGUGAAUAUUUGACUGUUUUUCAUAGUUCUGCGUUGCAUUUUAAUUUCGAUUUGUUAUUCACAUCGGAAACCCGGUUUAAUAAUUUAUCGUCUCGGUGAUAAUGAGUUGGGAUUCGCGAAUAUUUCAAGACUUUUAGAUCCGCCAUCCGGGUUGAGCGAUUAUUUUGUUAGAUCCGGUGAAGUCUUGUUGGCGGUUAAUCAUAUCGCUAAUUGUAGGCGCCAUAUACGCACGGAUAAUUUAUCUAUGCAUCUAUUGUGUAUCCGUGCGGUUCAUCUAACGCGUUAGUCGUAUUAUUCGUGUUUUAGCAUUGACGGUACCGAUAAUCACUCAGGACGUGUUCGUAUCUUUUCUAUAUACACAUAAAAAUAUACUUAUACAAGAUUUUACGAACUUGUUAAAAAAUACUAUUCGUUUACACCCAGAUGCUAAGAUUUUACCAACAGGCGAUUUUGAAUUACCAACGUUUUCACGGCGAGAUCAAACGUCACAUAAUCGGCUAGUUAAUAAUAUUAUAAAUCGUUUUUUGUCAUGUUUUUGCAUUCUUGAGCCUUUAAUUUUCGUCGUUAAACACUUGAAUUUAAAUUUGUGAACCCCGAUUUGAUGGUUCUCUUGAAAAUUUAAUUUUGUUUAACACGACGUAUAUAAAAAAAAAAAAAAAACCAUAAAAAAUCUAUUAAUCAUGGCGAUUGAUAAAGGGAAACUAUAUCCGCAGUGUCGGUUUGAAUGAUUUACUGGCGUGUUGUCAUUAUUCCCUAAAUAUAAUUUCAUGUAUAGAAAUAGGAAUGCAUAAGUCAUAUAAUACAGAUAAAAUUAUAAUAAUUGUAUGUAAUUCUAUCAAAUUUCUAAUACUAAAAUUUUAAAAUAUAAUUUAUGAGUAUAUUUUUUUUUUUUUUUUGUUAUUCUGUGUGUUAUGCGCUAAUUGUGUUUUAUGUACCAUUGCGCCCAUUACAAAUCCUUAUUACUAUCGAAUUCGGAUAUUGUGAUAUAGCAUAGUGCGUAUAAGAACUAAACUGAGUGUCAAAAAAAAAUACCUCUUAAACUAAUCUUUGGAAAACAUUUUAUUAUUAUGUACAUACUAUCCAUUGUAUUGUACAAACAUCUUGUGUGUUUUUUGGAUGUAAUUAAUGAUCAUUAUAUUUUUUCAAGUAAAUAAUAUGCAAACUCAAGAAGUUACAAAACAAUUUAACAGUAUCCGAAUAAAAAAAGAAAUUAAUUUAAUUGAUUUCAUUAUGUAUACAAAUAAAAUACAUAAUCAAUCCUGUGGAAUUAAUUUUUGUUUGAAGAUGACCCAUAUAAAUGUGUUGUGUCAGAAAUCAUUAAGAAAAAGUUCUGAUUUCAUCAGACAUGAAGACUCAUACUGGCCAGAAACCUUAUAAGUCUGAUGUUUGAAAUUAUUUUCACAUAUGGCCAAUUUAAAGUUUCAUAGGUUAAUUUACACUGGGGAUCAGCCGUAUGAAUGAGAUACGGAUUUUUAAAUUAACUCAAUUUUUAAAUUAAUUUUAAUUUUUAACCCUACUCCGUAUACAUUAAUUAAGUAUAUACUUUUUUUUUUUUUUUUUUUUUUUAAUAGAAACUCCUAAUUUUUGAACACAGAUUUGAAUUGAUAAUUUUUUCUAGAAAUUUGAUAUGCAUAACACUAAUAUCAAAUUUACCAUUCUUAACUGUUCAAAAGUUGAGACUGGAGUAGUUGGGAAGAUUUAUCAUUUAAUUAUUUUAAAAAAAAAAAAACGUUCUUAUCUCGCACAAUGGGUGUAGUCACUGUUGUUGGUAAAAAUUUGGGAAGGUAGGAUAUUGAGGGGAAAUUAAUUUGUAUCUGUAAGCAAUGAUAAACCAUUGCUUACUAAAACGAUUCUGAGCGGAGUUAUGUUUAUAGUCAUGUUUAUAGUUUAUUGUCAACAAUAUAUUUAUGUCAUACUAUGGUAAAAUAAUUAAAUAGGAAUUAUUUAUUUUCUUUAAUAAUAUUUGUUUUGGUUUAUACCUAUUUUCCCUGUUUUCCAUACGUUUUUCAUGUUUUUUCCCGGUUUUUCACAUUAGCUGGGAAUAAUUUGCUAUAAAUGACCUUCCCAGUCAGAUUUCUUUUUUGAAAAAUUGAUUAAUUCUCAGUAAAACUUCUGGUAAAAAAGUUGUUCACUGCAAAAUAAAAAGCCUAAAUAUUUUUCAACUAAUACUUACAUUUUGUACAUUUUUCAGUUUUUUUUUUUUUUGGUUUUUCACAUUUGUUAAAAAAUAAAAUUGGGAAAAUCGAAAAAUUACCUCUCUAAAUUACCAGUCAGAUUUCCUUUUUAAAAAAAGGGCUAUCAUUGUAAAUCUGAGCUAAAUUGCUGGUAGAAAAGUUGCCCACAGAAAAAAAUAAAAUCCUAGUAUUUUACUAAUGUAUUUCAUACAUUUUCCCUUUUUUUCUCAUUAUCACCCCUGUAUUGGAGAAACUGCCUGGAAAAUCAAAAAAAUGACCUCCCUAAAGUACCAGUGCAAGAAAAUUUUCUUCCAUAAAAGGGUCUACAUUGUACACGUUGGAGUAAGAUUUCUGAUAGAAAGUGUUCACAUAAAAAAAAAAAUAAACAUCUUUGUAAAACCAGUACAUUCUUCGCUAUAUAUUUAGAAUCUAAAAACAGAAUUAAAAUUUUCUUUACAAUCCAUUUUUUAGAGAAAAUCACUGUAUAUAUAUAUUGUACAAUAAUUGAUUGAAUUUGUUUAAUUUGUUUUUUUCAAUUAUUUCAGAAAGAAUGACAUCAGUUUCCACCACUACUCUCGUAGUACCGACUGUGCAAGACACAACAAAAGAUAGUAAAUCUGAUAGAGAUGGUAAUGUUAUUACAGGUAAUAUUCCAUUAUGUGUAAUAAAUAUAAUAUAGGUUACCUAUGUAAAAUAUUCAUUUUUAAUAUAUGUAUAUACAUAUUUUUUUUUUUUUUUUGAAUGAAGAAGAUUCUUAUGAUGCACGUUUAGAAAAUCCCAAAUAUUGUAAUGUGUGCCAAUUGCCUUUUUUAUACGAGUCGUGGUAUAAAACACAUUUAGCUAGUCACAAAGUAGGCGCCCAUAAAUGCAACUAUUGUCCAAAAAUAUUUAACAGAAAAGAUUCAUUAAUACGGCACAAUCAAAUACAUACCGGGUUACCAGACAUAUAUAAAUGCAAAGAAUGUGAUAAGGUAAUACAAAUAUUCAGUUCUGUUAUAUAUUUAUUUGACUAACAGUUAUGAAACUGCUGUAGGCAUUUACGUACAAAUCAUCACUUCAUGAUCAUGAAAAAUAUUCACACGAGACAACAAAUAUAGGAUGUACUUUAUGUAAGAAAGCAUUUAAAAAUAAUAAGACUUUAAAGUAUCACAUAAAUAAUGUCCACACAUUAUUGGCACCUUAUAAAUGUCCAACAUGUAAUAUGACAUUCGCUGCGCCGUAUCAGAAGUAUCGACAUCGCAAGAAAUUGGUAAUAUAAAUUAAAACUUUUAAAUUUGAUAUAUUAAAAUGUUUCCAUUUUUUCUAGAAUCAUUAGUUCAUAAAAUACUUGUCAAUGUAUCCACCAUUUGCCGAGUGGGGAUUGGAUAAAUGAUUUUUUAUAAAAUUGUAAUAAUUUAUUAUAUUAAAUAUAACACAAUUAUAUUA